AUGACAACUAAGGUCAUUAUCAUUGGAGCUGGAGUUGGUGGUACAGCAGCUAGACUUAGCAAGAAAGGGUUUCAAGUAGAAGUUUACGAAAAAAAUGCAUACAAUGGUGCAUACUUAUCCAUCACAACAGAUAUCGAUUCGAUCAAAGUCCAUCGUUGUAUUUAA